GGAAGCAAAAAUUUUGUCAAAUUGGUCCAAAAAAUCUUCAAAAAACCUUGUCUGAAUCUUUCAAAUUUAUUUCUGUCAUGUCUAUCAUUCACAGACUGGUGCACCUAAACAGUAUCAAGCGAUUUAGCGUUCAUCAAGUUUUGUCAAUACUGAUCUCGCCUUUUUAUUCGUCAAACAUUCUCCGUCAACCCUUCAGUACACUGUUGCACGCGACAUCUGGUAAACCUGGUAGCGAGGUUAACUGUCAUUUUGGUGUGAAAAAUAUACACACAAAUUUGGCAAACCUUGUACCCAGCCUGUCUUGUAUGGAUGCCAGUGAUGACAGUACAUUUUCCACACUUUCUUCGGAUAUGCUGAUUUAUGAAAACUUUAUCGAUGAAGAAGAAGAAAGAGAUUUGUUCAAUGAAAUAGAACCUUAUGUGAAGAAGUUGAGAUACGAAUACGACCAUUGGGACAAUGCUAUUCAUGGUUAUAGAGAAACAGAACGAAGAAAUUGGACAAAGAAAAAUAAAAGAAUUAUACAACGAAUCCGAGACCUAGCUUUUCCUCCUGAAGUAGCACAGCUGGCUUACGUUCAUAUUCUCGAUCUCCAUGAAGAUGGUCACAUCAAGCCUCAUGUGGAUAGUGUAAAGUUUUGUGGAGACACAAUUGCUGGUGUUAGCCUACUCUCUUCAAGUGUGAUGGGAUUGGUCCAUGAGAAGGAUGAAACAAAAUGGGCAAAGUUUUUACUCGGCCGGCGGUCACUGUAUAUAAUGAAGGGAACUGCUCGGUAUGACUACAAGCAUGAGGUGUACGGAGGCGAUAAAUCUGUCUUCAAGAAUCGGCCGAUACCACGUGACCGCCGCAUUUCUGUGAUUUGCCGGAAUGAGGUGGCAAAAUAUAGCUGACAGGACUAGUAAAGAAAUUAACAAGAAAGACUUGAUCAAAAGAUUUUCUAGACAAGAUAGAAGUCAACAGGAUAAAGGAUAGAUUCAAGUCCUGUUGACUUAAUGUGUUUUUGGGAUGCUCUGUUAAAGGGCCAACUUAAGUAUAAAAAGACUUGUUGGUUUUCGGUACAAAACUUGCUUCCAGCAACUUCUCCAAAUACAGCAACUUCUCCAAAAACUUCUCCAAAUACAACAAUGCAAUAGAACGGCGGGUAGCCUUUGGCCUGGCUGAAAUUUGCCAACUUGGGUAUAAGACUUGUUGGUUUUCGGUACAAAAUUGGCUUCCAGCAGUCCCGCAACUUCUCCAAAUACAACAAUGCAAUAGAA